AUGGCCCUCCGACGCUCGGCCCGCCUGAAUACGGCGCUCAAUAAUAAAGUGCUGCCACCACAACCGCGGAGUCCACCAAAGAAAUCAAGCAGGCCUCAGUCCAGCAACAGGGUCAACAAAGCGAAAAGCCGGUCUAGAAAAGAUGUCAAUGACCUGAAAAUCAGUGUCGAACAGCUUCCUCUCGACGUAACGCUCCCAGAUUCCGGAGCCAUACCGGUCUCAAACAACAAUGUGGAGACAGUUAACACUCUUGACCUUAUAUCUACCGACCCUCCAAGCAGACUACAUGCAACCCCUCCUCCCCUUGACCGACCUGUCGAACCGCAUAGGACAAAUGCAACACUCUUAACACCCCAUGGCUCCUCUCUCGUCGCCUACCCGCCCGGCUCGGAGAGUCUCUCCCCCUCCAAGACCGGUCGACCCCGUCCGACCGCUACGACCGGUACCCUCCUCGAGAAAGCCGUAGCACAUCUAAUUGCUACAGACGCGCGCCUGGAGCCGCUUAUAAGGCGACAUCCGUGUCCUCUAUUUUCUCCUGAGGGACUGGCCGAGGAAAUCGACCCCUUCCGCAGUCUCGUCAGCAGUAUCAUCGGACAACAGGUGUCAGGCGCUGCAGCCCGAUCUAUCAAGGACAAAUUCGUGGCUUUGUUCAACAAGGACAAUGAGGGACAGGAUCCUGCGAAGCCGCCUCGGUUCCCCACACCAGAGGAGGUCGUCCAAUGCGACCUCGCUACGUUACGUACUGCUGGACUCUCCCAGCGAAAAGCCGAAUAUAUCCACGGGCUAUCCCAGAAAUUCGCUACCGGAGAACUCAGUGCGAGGAUGUUGCUCAAUGCCAGUGACGAAGAGCUCGUGGAGAAGUUGACUGCUGUCCGAGGGCUAGGCCGAUGGUCCGUUGAGAUGUUCGCGUGCUUUGCGUUAAAGCGCAUUGAUGUCUUUUCCACUGGAGAUCUCGGCGUGCAGAGAGGCUGUGCGGCGUUCAUGGGAAAGGACGUGAGUAAGUUGAAGGCUAAAGGAGGCGGUAAGUUCAAGUAUAUGGCCGAAAAAGACAUGCUGGAACUGGCUGCGAAGUUCGCCCCGUACAGGAGCCUUUUCAUGUGGUACAUGUGGCGUGUAGAGGAUGUCGAUGUCACUGUAAUGAACGCUUGA